GCCUUGUUGAGCAGACACUCCUGACUUUUCAGACAUCAGCGACAGACACCCCUUCAGCCAGCAGUGUGAAAAAACAUCAGCCAAGAUGUGUUGCAAGGGCUUCCUCAAAAUUAUGAUGUUCAUCUUCAAUGGUGCCAUCUUUCUGGCAGGUGCAGCCAUCCUGGGUGUGGGGGUAUGGGCGAAGGUGGACACCGGGUCCCUGCUGGGCUUCCUGAGUGAAGUGGAUGGCGCCCCACCAGGGUUGGACCAGCUGGUUAACGUCAGCUACCUGCUCAUCGCUGUGGGCGCUGUGCUGCUGGUCAUCGGCUUCCUGGGCUGCUGUGGAGCCAUAAGGGAGAGCAGGUGUAUGCUGCUGAUGUUCUUCUGUAUUGUCCUGAUUAUCUUCAUCGCUGAGGUUGCAGGAGCUGUGAUUCUGCUGGUCUAUCAGGGUUUGGCUGAGGACCUGGUUGGAAGUCUGGAGAAUCAAAUCAGGAAAGAUAUUUCUGAAAACUACGGACCAGACAAUAGUGUGACCUCUCUCUGGAACGCCACCAUGAAAGAGUUUAAGUGCUGUGGAUUCACCAACUACACUGACUUUGACGAAUCUCCUUAUUACACUGAACAUGGUGGACUCUUUUACCCCGUCCAAUGCUGUAAUGGUACUUUAACUGAGAAUGGACCAUGCAGUAAAGUUAAUGCAGAGAUAUCAAAUGUUGAUGGGUGCUACAGCAAACUGGUGCAGUUCAUAGAGGAAAAUGCUGUGAUUAUCGCAGCGGUGGCUCUGGGCAUUGCUGCUCUUGAGGUUGCAGCCAUGGUGGUGUCCAUGAUCCUCUAUACGCAGGUUGGCUCCAAGGAUUAAUGGGAAUGAAAUAACAACACUGUAAUAUCUGUGCCUCUAAGUUGUUUCCAUUGUAUAAAUUGUGUUAUCUUUUUUGUAUUUGAUGAGCGCUAUAAUUGUGUCAUUACACAUGUGGUGUACAUUUUAUUUAUGUUUUUAAAAAUGUUGUGAUCAGCUGACCGUAUGUGCUGAAACAUUGGUGAUAUGUAAUGAUGCACAGGAUUUGUAUGACUGUCUCAGCUGCAUCCCUUAUAUAAACUGCAAUAACAUGAUAGAUAGAAAUAUUUUUGUAUGUUCGAUCAAAU